GGGAGUGAAAAGGGACCCGAAGAAAGGGCUGCAGGAAUAAAACUCGCGAUGCUAUAAUGAGAGAUGAAGACAAAUGAUAACUCGUUUCAUAUCCGUUCGACUGUCAUUACGGAGAUCUAAGAAAAAAUCCGUUCUGUGCUCAUAAGGAUAACAAAGUGACGCGUAGAAAAGUUUAAAGAGCAGACUAGGAGAGAUAGGGAGAGGGUGUGAGAGAGAGAGCCAGAGAUUUUUCAUCUCAUUGUCGUUGCAGCCUCUACCGGACCGCAUUCGUCCGCUGCCGUAGAAUGAUGACGAGCAGCAAAACUACUCUUGCUUUCCUCAUCUACGGGCUCCUGGUACAAUGCAACGUGUGCUCUCCAUUGAGCUAUCCGAACAUCAGAAUGGAGACUGCAGGAUUUGACGAGGAGGGAAACUCAUUAACGGAUCUAACCUUUGACAGUGACCAGAUAACUAUUCGAAGCUCUCCUUCAGUUACUGAAGACGCCUACACGUUAUAUAGCCCUCAAUCAAAAAGAAUGGAAAGGCACGCUGACGGGAUGUUUAAUAAAGCCUACAGGAAAGCGCUUGGUCAGUUAUCAGCGCGGAAAUACCUGCAUACACUGAUGGCAAAACGCGUGGGAGGAGGAAGCACGAUAGAGGAUGAGAAUGAGCCGCUCUCGAAGCGUCACUCGGACGGGGUUUUCACGGACAGCUACAGCCGCUACCGGAAGCAAAUGGCCGUAAAGAAGUAUCUGGCCGCGGUCCUUGGCAAAAGCCCUGAAGACUUAGAUUUGCACCAAUUUCUACAAGACAUAGACUUUGGUGUGCUCCCGGAUGGGGAUGAGAUUGAGGCAUUUUUGUUGGAUUGGCUGAGACAGUUCCCUCCUGAAUUUCCGGCUUUGUGACACAGGAGGCAGCUAGCGGCUUGGGUGCCUUUGCUUCAUCUUUAAAAUGGCCACCAAUUUCAGAUGGCACAUUAGUGGCCCUCCAAAUGCUGCAAUCACCUGCUCACACAUCUCCUAUUUCUCACAUAACAUAAUUUGUUCAAAUGCCACCUGGCUUUCCGGUUAUUCAAUUUAACUUCUCUAUGCAUAGUGUGUUGUAGCGAUCUGUACGGCAUUUAUUAAACGUUCUCAGCCUUGAAAUUCAUUUUGUGUGCAGAGACUGGUAGUGCCCAAAGCCUUACAUUAAGAUAAAUCUCUUGUGUCUUGUGUUGAUCGUUAGUACAAUAACACAUGGGAACCGCACAAGGUCACCAUUAUAUAUGUAAGAAACAAAACAAAACAGAAAAAAAAACAACUGUGUUGUAAUAUUUGUAUGAAUA